UGGAGAAAUAGACCACAUCUCUAUUCACGUACAUAACCAUAAACAUGACCCAAGAAAUUAUACACGAUCAAACUUCCAAAUCCAAUGGCCUUUCUCUCAAAUCCAGAUUCAUGUACGCCGCCCACUCAUUCAUCACCGCCUUCGCCUACCACCGUGAUGGCACUGUCAACCGCCGCCUCGUUAACCUCGCCGAUAUUCGGUCCGCCGCUUCUUCCACCCCUAUAGGUGGCGUCACCUCUUUUGAUCAUACCAUUGGCAUUGACCCUUUAAACAAACUCUGGUUUCGAAUCUUUUUUCCCGCCAAUUCCCCUUCCUCUCACUCUCUCCCUGUUAUCAUCUACUUUCACGGUGGCGGGUUUGUUUCCUUCUCCCCCGCCACCUACGCUUACGAUACAUUCUGCCGGAAAGUUUCCGGAGAUGUCGGCGCUGUUGUUAUCUCGGUUAACUACCGCCUUGCGCCGGAGCAUAAAUGGCCGGCGCAGUACGAUGAUGGUUUUGACGUCUUGAAGUUCCUUGACGACGAUGAGAUGAGAGCGAAAAUUGAGUGUUUUCCGGCGAACGCUGAUCUCGGACGGUGCUUCCUUGCCGGAGAUAGUGCCGGGGCGAAUUUGGCUCACCAUGUGGCGGUUCGGGUGGGUGGGGCCCGAUUUAAAACGGUUAGAGUUCGCGGGUUAAUUUCAAUCCAACCGUUUUAUGGCGGCGAAGAGAGGACUGAUUCGGAGCUCCGAACAAAGCAAUGGCCGGUGUUGACUUUGAGCCAAACUGAUUUCUUUUGGAAGGCUUUCUUGCCAAACGGGUCGGAUCGGGAUCAUCCCGGGUCGAGUGUAUUCGGGCCAAAAUCUAAGGAUGUUUCGGGUUUGGAAUCGUUCCCGCCAACACUCGUUGUUGUUGGCGGGUUGGAUUUGUUGCGAGAUUGGGGAAUGAGGUAUUAUGAUGGGUUGAAAAGGUCCGGAAAGAAAGUUGAGUUGGUCCAGUAUUCAAAUGUGGGUCAUUUCUUUUACAGUGCUCCGGAAUUACCUGAAUAUAAAUUGUUUGUAUCUAAGAUUGGAGAAUUUGUUGAAAAUCAAUUACGUUUGCAAGGUUGAAAUAUUAUUCUUGAGCGUUAGAUAUUUUAAUUUAAUUGAAGAUUUAUUUAUUCUUCAUGACAUGUUAAUGUUAUUUUUUUAUACAUUGGUCAUCUCUUGAUCACUUUUAUGUUCACGUAAAAUAUCAAUAAUAUAAUUCCCUUGUUUAAUACUCGUAUUUAAUUAAAAUGUUAAAAUACAUUUGAAGAGUGUUGCCACA